CAAAUAUAGAAAAAUGAAAAGUGUAUUAUGAAGAAUAAAUAUAAUAAAAAGCGACGGCCUUGAAUCAAGAAAUAAACUAAGUUCGCUUGUAUUAAAGGAUACCUGUAACUGUCUUGAUGACAAUGGCGCCUAUCGUACGUACGAAUCCCAAGCGCUUAUAAAAUCAAUACUACAACAUAUCGUUCUCGAUUGUCGAUGAUAUUGAUAUAUGAAGAAAAAGUUUAAAGUAUUCGAUAAAAAUCAUAACAAUAUCAACAUAUUCCAAAGUGGUUUUAAUUAACUUAUUCGAGGAAAUAAAUAAUCGCGAGAAAUUAUAGUUAUCUUUAAAAUUUGGGUUAACGUCAUCGUUUGUAUUCAUAUACAAUUCAAGACUAUUCCUGUUAAUCGUUUUCAAUUAAAAACUGGUAAUAUCUACUUACAAUAUUUUUCUGAUUUUGUUGUAACAAGUGUUAAUGUGGAAACGUGGAUGAAAUACUUAAAAGAGCUCAAAAGAGUCGUUUGUUCAUCCGGACUUCGUUAAAACAAUCAGAAACCAUUGUGACCUCACGUGACAGUAAAAUUGCGUGCUGCUGCCUCUCGACCCACCCGACAACUAAACGAUAAACCAUGUAAUGGAUCAGCUGACUUACAAAGCGUCUUCUACAAGCCCCGACGCAGUGUUGCCACUUAUAAAUUUCAAAUAACUUUUCGUUUGCAACACGAUUUCUAUACUGUGAGAUAGAUAUGUAGCGUGAUAAUAAUUAUAUGUGUAUAUUAAAGAUGUUCCUUAUUUAGUCAGCAACAACUGAAAAUCUGAAAUCGCGCCAUCUGACUUCAAAAGUAUGGAGUUAAAGUCAUAAACACAAGUGUUUUAGAAUGCAGUUUAGAAAUUCAAAAAAUAUUUAUUGACCUUCAUAUAUGCCUGAUUAAUUGCAUGCGCUUUUCUUAAAUCGUUAAACAAACAUUAUAUACGUAAUUAUUCAUCUAUAUUAAGGAGCUAUUUUGCAAAGUAAUUUAUUAUAUUAUAAACAAUAUGAUUUAUUACUUUUGUUGAUUAUUUUUUUACAAAUUGUAAAUUGCAAUAAUAAAAAUAAAUAAAUAUACAUUUUAUAUAUGAUUUAAUCAUUACAUUUAAAAAUAAUCUAUUAAGGAUGAACUGUCUAAUUAUAUCAGAGAUAAUUUAUCACCACACAUUAAUAUUGUUAUACUUCCGAUAAUACGAUAUAUUAUAAGAAUUUACGUAAUGGAAUAGAUAAUCAUGAAUAGCUAUUUAUCAGUAGUAUUUUAAAUAAAGCGGUGCUUGUAUUUUAUGCGUCGACUAGAAACUCGAAUAGUUCGUAAUACGUUCGUCGAAGUGAUUUGUAGGUUAAAAGAAGAAAAUUAAAAUAAAUUUUUAAAAUGCGUGCAGCAAUUGCAAUAUUUUGUGUUUUUUUGGGAUGCUGCACUAAUGUAGUUUUUUUGGAACUGCUUGUUAAAGAUGACCCAGGUAGUGGGAAUCUUAUUACAUUUUCACAAUUUCUCUUCAUAGCCAUAGAAGGAUUUUUAUUCACUUCAAAAUGCGGAACUGUAAAACCCAAUGUCGGUAUAAAAGAUUAUUUCAUAUUAGUGACAAUGUUUUUUAUUGCUAAUGUUUGUAAUAAUUAUGCAUUUGAUUUUAAUAUACCAAUGCCUCUUCAUAUGAUCUUCAGAGCUGGUUCUCUGAUAGCUAACAUGAUAAUGGGUAUUAUAAUAUUAAAAAAACAUUAUGCAUUUAGUAAAUACUUAUCUGUUUUGAUGAUAACUCUCGGAAUUGCAAUAUGUACUAUUGUCAGUGGCAAAGAUAUAAAAUCCUUGCAAUCUAAGCACGUUGAACAUCUUCCAACAACACCAUGGGAUGAUUUUUUUUGGUGGAUGUUAGGUAUUACAUUAUUAACUAUUGCAUUAUUUGUUUCUGCUAGAAUGGGUAUAUAUCAAGAGGUAUUACAUGCACGAUAUGGGAAAAAUGCAAGAGAAGCUUUAUAUUAUACGCAUUUAUUACCAUUGCCAUUUUUUUUAACUUUGACAUCUAAUAUUAAGGAUCAUUUAGUAUUGGCAAUGGCAUCAGAUCCAUUGAUUAUACCUGUGAUUAAUUUAUCUGUGCCAAAAUUAAUUGCUUAUUUAAUUGGAAAUGUUCUUACACAAUAUAUUUGCAUAAGUUCUGUAUUUGUAUUAACUACAGAAUGCAAUUCUCUUACAGUAACAUUGGUAAUAACUUUACGAAAAUUCCUUUCUUUAAUUUUUUCUAUUAUUUAUUUCAAGAAUCCAUUCACUAUGUACCAUUGGAUUGGUACAUUUCUAGUCUUUGUAGGGACAGUAAUAUUUACAGAAAUAAUACCAAAAAUCUCUCAAAAUCUGCAAUACAUUACAAAGAAAGAAAAAGUACAAUAAGAAAGUAUAUAGUCUCAAUUUUUUAUUUAAACGAAAUUGUGAAAAUAAACGAAUAAAUGAAUGAAUAAGACAUUUUCUCGUUAAAUACAUUAUGGAGUAAUAUACAAAGUUAGUUUAAUAAAUAAAAAUUGUAGUUUUAGCUAAAGAGUUUAAAUUACUAAUGCUGCUAUAUCAGAAAUAUAUCUGAGAGUAUUUACGGUCGAAUUCAUGUGAAUUCGACCAUAAAUAUAUUUUAUAAGAAA